UCAGUUAUGUAUUUAGAAAUAUUAAUUCAGUCAAAAUGUGCUGUAAUCCACAAUCAAUAUUAUAUAAAAUCUAUGGGUUGAAUAACUUAACUACUUAUAAUUGCACUAACAGCCUUGACAGUCUAAAUGAUAACGAUAAUAGAAACACUAUUGACCUGAUUGGUACAACAGAAACUCCACAAGGAUAUGGCCUAGUCGAAAGUAAUGACACAUUCGGUCUGACAAAUUUUCCACAAUGUGCGUACACCGGAUAUUCAAAUGUAUCCCUACUGACAGAUAUAUCAUUUACCGUAUUAGCAAAUGCAUGCCUUCUUAUUCUAGACAGCAAGACUCUUAUUAGUUUAACAUGCCAAGAAAAAACAGAUGUUACGUUGCAAAGUAUUGGUAUUAUAAAUAAAUGCUGCCCACAUGGAUACUCCUUUGGCGCAGAUAUAAACAAGUGCUAUUUACAAUACCCCGACUACAAUAAAUACUCUGCUAUUUUUGAAAAUCCAAUGAUUUUUGUCGAUAAUUCGUUCAAGUGUCCAAAAAAUAAAGUUUUAGUUGAAUAUGUGCUAACGGCGGAAGCAAUUGUUAUAAAAAGUGGAAGAAUGUUACUUAAAGAACACAAGAAAUCAUUUCAGAGAAGUGAAUUUUGUAUUGAAGUGUUAAUUAAAAAUGAAAACUCUCAAUUCGAUAAAAAUAGUCAACAAUUUAUAGUUCGUACUUGUCAACAAUUAAAAAUUUGUGAUUCGGUUCCUUGUAUUCGUAAGUGUUGUCUCCAUGGUGAAGUCUAUGCUAAAAGAAAUUUCACAACGUCUUGUACAAGAGAUGAAAAUAAUUUUCAAUAUCACAGUAUAAAUAGCAUGAAUACUAGUGGUGCCUUUUCCAAACCCUCAG